AUGUCGGACGCCUACGCUCGCGAAGAACAGAACAAUGCCCUCCUCUCAUCACUGUCCCAGAAGACCUCCGCCCUCAAACACAUCACGCUGGACAUCUACGACAAUGCGCGCUCUCAAGAGACACUGGACAACACCAAUGAAGUCUUCAGUAAUAUGAGCACGAGUAUCCGCGGGUCGGCGGGACGCAUGACGCGCAUGGCAAAACAGGGCGAUAAGAUGGCGAUACUGAAGUUAGCCGGGAUUCUCAUCGUUGCCAUGCUCCUGAUAUAUUGGGUUGGUGGAUGGAUUCUGAGGUUGAUCUUUGGGAAAUAG